AUGGCCGAUCAACGCAUCGAUGUGGACCCGAAUCUCCACAUAGUGCAGGAACCCGAAGCUACUCAGGAUUUCGAGUCCGACACAACAUCCAUUGCUUCGCAAAUAGCCAAAGGUCGCAUAGAAAAUGGCCGCAGAUACCAAGCAUUAAAAGAUGAUGUUUACUGGAGCCCUUCAGACGAGCAGCAAUUCGAAGCCUUCGAACUUGGUCACAUGGUAUGCAUUAUGCUUGACUACCAUCGACCCAAUCCUCUAUUCUCUGCUCCGAUUGGGGAGAAACCCAAGCAUAUCCUCGACAUUGGAACUGGCAAAGGAAGUUGGGCUAUAGAUGUCGCAGAUCAAUAUCCCGAUGCUACCGUUCGCGGGGUGGACCUCUUCCCUCCCCCAGUCACCUGGGUACCCCCAAACUGCAUCUUUGAAGUUGAUGAUAUUCAAAAAGAAUGGACAUGGAGAGAGCCAUUCGAUUUGAUUCAUUUGCGCCAGUUGCUUGGAUCAUUCACCCCUGAAGGAUGGAAAGGAUUAUAUCAGCAAUGCUUCAAUAACCUGGCACCCGGCGGCUGGAUUGAGCAAAUCGAGUUCGAUGUCCGAGUGAGGAGUGAUGACGGAUCUCUGCCACAAGAUAGCGUGCUGGCCGGCUGGGGUGAUAACUUCAUUGGCUGUGGUGAACGAGCUGGCCGGUCCUUGACAACCCAGGAGACAAUGCGAGCUGCUAUCGAGGAGGCUGGCUUUGUCGAUGUGCAUGAGCGCCUCUACAAGGUGCCCAUGGGGCCUUGGGCAAAAGAUAAGCUAUUGAAGGAGGUUGGCCUCCUCAACCAGCAGCACUGGAAGUCUGGUCUGGAGGGGUACGCUAUGUGGCUACUUACAAAGUUCGGUGCGCCGUCUCCAUGGACGAAGGAGGAGGUUGAAAUUUAUUUGGUCAACGUGCGGAAGGAGCUGAAGGAUACUCGUAUCCAUGCCUACGGAUAUGUCCGGCGAGUUUGGGCAAGGAAGCCAAGAGAUGACCAUAUGAUCCAGACACUGGCCAAAGCUCAGGAGUCAUCGUGA